AUGGUUGCAAUUGCCUAUGGGCCGACUGUUUUGUGUGGAAAUUACGGCGACCAAGCAUUGAGCAGUACUCCUACUCUCGCUCUUGGCUCUAUCAAACGCUCCGCGGCUUCUAGCCUUGAUUUCACCUCCAUUGCCAACGACAAGGAUGUGACACUGAGUCCUUUCUAUGACGCUCAGGGAUACAAUUAUAACGUAUACUGGGCUACUACGGGAAGUCUCGACGCUGCGUAA